AGAAUACAACAUAUGACCAACCAAUAGAAAGGAAUAAACGGGUCUUAUCAUUAAAGGUCAAAUGUCAAACCCGUUAACCCGUUUACCCAAACCUCAACGGUUCUAUAUAAGCCAAGCUCCAUAACCCGUUCCCGUUUCAUUCCAUAGUGAAAAAGAAGAACACCAUAAGCUGACAACGAGAAGAACAAGAAGGAGGCCAGGAGAAGAAGAAGGCAGAGAUAGAAAAGAAGAAGAAGGGAAGCAUGGCUGAUGAUUUUCAUGUAUGCAAUGAGAACUGGUGGAGUGUUGCAAGGAGUAGUAGUGCAGGAUUUGAUGGACCAACAGGGAUGAGUUCAGUGGCGUCUUCUAUUUCUUGCUCUUCUACUAUCAGUCACAUUAGUGGAGGUGGAGGGUAUAGCUGGGCGCCGGCGGAGGUGGUGGAGGGUAGCACAAGGUCUGCCGGAGAUGAACCUGUAGGCUCAGGCUCUGGUAGCACAGUUUCGUACCAAGAUAGCCACAAAGUUCAGGCCUCAGAUCAAGUGCCUCCUUGCGUUUCAUUCAUGGACUCUUCGUUACAAGUUCCUGGUUUUGGUCUCUCAUCUCCCAUGAUUGAUUGGAAUCAAGCUUUGAUUGGUAGUGGAAGAGUUGAGCCUAGUUUCCAUGCCAUGUUGCAAGAAGAUCUAAGCUCAAGAGCAGUUUUCCGGCAAGGCAUACCGAUGGAAUCUGCUCAAGCUCAAGGUCAAGGAAGUACCGGUGGAUCCUCGGCAAAUCUUUUUAAGGAGAUGAACCAAGGAUUAAUCCUACUUGAACAGCAGCAUCAGGAGCAAGGUCAAGGUGGCAACUUUCCUCUGGUUCCAACUUCCUAUGGAUACAACUCUGUGGCCCAAGGUCUCUAUGAACAAGAGAACAAGUCCCAACAGCAGCAAUCUCUCUUUCAGUCUCCCAUGGUUUUUCAACACACUGAUCUCCCUCAGUUCCUCAAGUCCUCAAGUCCUAAGCAUCAUGCUCUUUCAAAUCAGCUUCACUUCUCUAACAACACUCCCUACUGGAAUGCCUCAGGCGGAACCGCCGGAGUCGAUGUCAGGCCGUCUUUCUACGCUUCCUUGCCUUCCCAUUUUGUUCAACAAGCCUUUGAGCAAAAACCAAACUGCAACAAUAACCUCAGCAUCAAGAACAGUGAAGCAGUUACCUCAGGGACUAGGAAAAGCAACAGUGAGCCAGCAUUCAAAAAGCCUAGGAUGGAGACUCCAUCACCAUUGCCAACUUUUAAGGUGAGGAAGGAGAAGUUAGGAGACAGAAUCACAGCUCUUCAGCAAUUGGUCUCUCCUUUUGGAAAGACUGAUACCGCAUCCGUUCUCCAUGAAGCCAUCGAUUAUAUCAAGUUCCUUCAUGAACAAGUUGGUGUUCUAAGCACGCCAUAUCUGAAGAAUGGGAAUCUCGUGCAACAUCAGCAGAAUAAUGAGAAGCACAAGGAUGGUGAGGGAUCAAAGCAAGACCUCAGGAGCAGAGGAUUGUGCUUAGUUCCUAUCUCGAGCACGUUCCCGGUGGCGAGUGAAACUCCAGCAGACUUCUGGACUCCAACCUUUGGAGGGAUGUACAGAUAGAGUGGUGCAAGUGUGCUUGAAGAUUGAAAUAUAAACUGAUAAUUAAAGAGAAAGAGAAGGGAACUAUAUAUAUAUAUAUAUAUAUAAUAAUAAUAAAUAUAUAGCUCACUGAGCUUUCAGUAUGACCCUUGAGAGACAGGCAUUGUUGGGACAGCUGCAAGGAGAAAUGAUGGAAGGUUGGCCAUGGAUUAGAAGGUUUAAUUUGGAAAGGAAUACUAGGAAUUAUUGUAUUGAUUGGUGGGUUAGUGGAUGGGAACAGGUGCUAAAAUUUGGCAGGGGAUUAGGAUUAGUUUAGAAGGGUGGGGACUAUGGUUGUUAGUAGAUGAAAUUUAGCAGAAAAAAAGGAAGGUCUUGUUCUAGUUGGAUGUGUGCAUAUGGCUUUCUUUUUUCUUCAGAAAAGAAAUUAACAAUACUAGCAAGGAAUAAUUUCAUUUCCUGAAUAUGGGCAAGUGUUGUGACUUUUUAUUUGAAGGAUCUCACUUUUUAGAUUUAUUUAUAUGAUUUUAAUGUGGUAGUGGAAGUCAGAUGUGGCCCACUUGAGAGUUUUGAAAGUUGAAACUUCUCUCACUUUCUCUGUCUCUCUCUGUCUCUCUGGGUUCAGGAAAUGGAAAAAGCUUUUAUGCUUUCCAUUGGAUCCUCACAUUGGAGGUCAUUCAUUGGGAGAACAAUCUUUCCUCUGUUAACUAAGAAUU